AAAAUUUAUAAAUAAUCUUUCAAAAAAUAUAUAAAUAAACUUAUUUAAAAUUCCGACCCUAUUCUUAAAAAUUUUGGAACUUGAGUAUGUGUGAAAUAUGCGAAAAUGAAAUCCUCUGAAAAAAGAUUUUGUUUGUUUGAGUACACACAUAUACAUAAUCUAGUAUUGGAAACUUAGUAGCGGCAAUUGUUACCGUUAGGUUUUGAAUCCAUUGUUAGGAAACUUUGUUUGAGGGAGAUGAAGAGGUCGAUAGACGACGUUUACAUGGGUUCUCAACUCGAAUCACCUACUAUGCUCUUUUCUCUUGAUUCUUUUGAAUAUCUAAGGACCGUGAGGGGCAGAUUUUCUCCGAUCGAAAAUGGUAAAUAUGAAGAAUUUCUUGUAAUGCUGGAAGACUAUGCGACUCAAAGAGUUGAUACUGAGGGUUUGAUAGAGAGGGUAAAGGGUUUAUUAGAAGGACAUCCAGACCUGAUUUUAGGUUUUAAUACCUUCUUGCCAAAAGGGUAUGAGAUUACCCCACCACCACUAGAGGUUGAGGAUGAGGAUGACAAUGUUGGUGUUGCAAUUGAAGAAUCUAUCAAAUUUGUGAAUAAGAUCAAGACCCGGUUUCAAGGCGAUGAUGAUCGUGUGUAUAGAUCAUUUUUACACAUUUUGAACAGCUACAGAAAGGCAAACAAGCCUAUCGCACAUGUCCAACAAGAGGUUGAAACAUUGUUUAAAGAGCACCCUGACCUGCUUGUUGAGUUUACACAUUUUUUACCCAUUAAUGACACAUCAGAAGAUCAUCUGAAUGAGAAGAAUGGGUUCCAUAUGAGUAAAAUAUCCUUGUGGAAUGAAGGGCAUUUUCCCAAACAGGUGAAGAGUUGCACCCCCAGCUAUCGUCUUAUACCAAUAGAUUAUCCAAUGCCUUCUGUUAGCCAUAGGUCAGAGUUGGGUGCUGAAGUAUUAAAUGACAAUUGGGUUUUAUUCAGUUCAGCAAGUGAUCAGGAGUAUCAAUCAUUUAAGCACAGACCGAAAAACAAAUACGAAGAUUGUUUGUUUCGGUGUGAAGAUGACAUGUUUGAAUUAGACAUGUUGUUAGAGUCUGUGAAAGCAACAACCAAGAGUGUGGUGAAACUCUUAGACAAGAUCAAUAACAACACAUUAACAGUAAAGGGAAAUCGUCCAUUCUGCAUUGAAGAUCACUUAACAGCUAUGAAUCUUAGAUGUAUUGAACGGUUGUAUGGUGAGCAUGGGGUUGAUGUUGUGGGUGAGAUCAGGAAGAAUACUUCUUAUGCCUUGCCUAUUAUAUUAAAUCGCUUGAAUAAAAAACAACAAGAGUAUGCAGAAUGUCGUGUUCGUUUGAAUAAAAUUUGUGCUGAUGUAUAUGCGGAGAACCAUCACAAGUCACUUGAUCAUAGUAGCUUUAUUCCAAGCAGCAGAACAAGGAGGCAGAGGACACCAAGGCAGAGAUAGAACAAGUAAAAGAGAAGAAUCAAAGCGGCCUAUAAUUCCAAGCAUAAGUUUGUAUACAAGUUUUUUGGGGUAAAUGAAGAAGUAUAUAAGUGGGUGUUCAAUGUUCAUACCUAUCUAGCUAGCAUAAUUUUUGUUUGUAAACGUAUUAAGAGUACAGUUUAUGGACCUGCUUUUUAAGUAAAGGUAAUAUAUACAAAUAGAGUUUUCAUUA